AUGCGGUCCAUGGAGCGCAGGCGGGAGGAGACACCGACUGACGGGCAUCGAGGGGAGCUGCGGAAAAUCGCAGCCUUAUUUACAACUUCUUACUUCGGCCGAGGUAGGAAAAAAAGCCAAAACCCAAAGCGAAGCAGAAAUGAAGGGAGCGGCUCUCCGCCGCUGCGAGGGGGCCUGGCCUGGCUGCGGCAGCGGCACCAGCACCUGCCGCCCCCGCAGCCCGGGGUGCUCUUCUUCGCCGACGACGACAACACCUACAGCCUGGAGCUGUUCCAGGAGAUGCGGACGACGCGCAAGGUGUCGGUGUGGCCCGUGGGCCUGGUGGGAGGCCGGCGGUACGAGCGCCCAGUCGUGGAGAACGGCAAGGUCGUCGGCUGGUACACGGGCUGGAGAGCUGACAGGCCCUUUGCUAUUGACAUGGCAGGAUUUGCUGUAAGUCUUCAAGUGAUCCUGUCGCAUCCCAAAGCCGUAUUCAAGCGUCGUGGUUCUCAACCAGGAAUGCAAGAAUCUGAUUUUCUGAAACAGAUAACAACAGUGGAGGAACUGGAGCCAAAAGCAAACAACUGCACAAAGGUUCUUGUAUGGCACACCCGAACAGAGAAAGUGAAUCUAGCUAAUGAGCCAAAGUACCACCUGGACACAGUCAAUAUUGAGGUAUGACGUGGGGGGACAGUCCCACGGCAAGAGCAGGACAACGGACGCACCAGCGCACGUUCCAGUUCGGACAGCUAAAAUCAUCUGCUUCUGCCUGAGACCUGACAGACUUCUGUGGAAACAAAAGGAAGCUUUCAGAGACUCUAAUAAGCAAAUCAAGUGGGUGUGCUUUGUUCUAACUUGUCUGCAUGCAUUUCUGAACUCUCAGCUUAAUAAACUGACACUUACCUUUGUUUUAACGCUGUUUCCACAUAGAGAAACAAGGCUGCAAUGGAGUAUUUUCAAAAUCAUAAUUUAUGUAUAUACUUUUUGUAUUUAUCCAGCUUAAUGGUGUAAUUAUAAACUGAUUUUAACUCACAAACUGUUGGUCUAAAUAUCUGUAUAAAUGGAUCCUCCAAACUGAACAUGUUUUACUUCAUUAAAAGUAGCGGUCAAAUAGGUCAUACAAUAAUGAAAUAAAAAACCCACAAUCA